UCUGGUUGCUAAGUUUCGACUCUGUCUGAUUUCGUUAAUAUCUGCAAGUGACAUUUAAUUUCUAAGCUGCUUAUUUUAAAUACUAACUUUAAAUGAGUGAUUCAUCAAUGUCGGUUCAGGUCUAUGAAGACAAUGGAAGAUUUGCAUUAAUUGAUGCCCAAAUGCCAGACCACAAUGGCGUUUUUGUGACAUAUACUCUUGUUGUUCCUGAUUUCUGGUUGAUGGCCGUCGACAACCAAAAUGGUAACAAAGAAACGUAUUGUGCCUACAAAAACUGCAAAGAUGUCAAUGUGGCAGUCAAAGGUAGAGAAGUACCUCGCAGAGAUUGGCCAACCUAUGUAGCAGUUGUUCGCAAGAUCUUUGAAAACUUCAAUUCUGCUAGACAGCAACUAGCCUUGGCUGUUGAACAAACUGACUUGUCGACAGAAGAAGCUGCUGAAGAAGGGAGAGGAAAAAGAUCUAAAAGACCACCUGCUAGGUAUGGUCAGACAUCGAUGGAAGAAUCUAUUCAGGAUUCAAGUAACGAGGAGGAAGAUGCAUCUUAUGUGUUGGCAAGUUGCCCUUCGUUUCCCAACACCACUAGGGGAUUCUAUACAUCAACCCAAAAUCCAUCGAGUGUUUUCACACAAGAUUCUUCUCAGUCUUCAAAUCUUCAAUGUCACAUUAAUGAUACUGAACAGGCUGCAGUUGAUGCUGUUACACGUAGAUUUGUUAUUUGCCAACAAGGUUCUGACAGCCCGGAACUUGGAUCUGCACCUGUUGGUGUUGGAGAAGAUUCACAGCGUGACAGUCAACUGAUCAACAGUCCAACUCUGAGCGAUAGCAGUGACAAUGAACCAAUUCCCAAUCCAGGGCCUGUUAGUAGACGACUAUUACCAGCAGUUGCCAAACGACCACCUUUCCCAUCUACUACCAAUCAACCUGCUACUACAGGUGUUGUAAGUCGACCAUCGACUUCCGCGAAUGCCAAUCAACGUUUCUCUUCGGGUGUUUCUACAACACCUUUAUCAGCUAACAACCGUCAGUGAUUUGUCAUCCCAGAUGUUAAUAGAAGACCUCCAUUACUUGCUAGACCACCUACAUCAGAUGGCAUUGAAGAUGAGGCUUUGGGGGAAAAUAGACCCGUUUUGUUGGCAAUUGAAGAGCGUCCAGUUCGACAUGCAAGAAUUAAUGGAAUUGAAAACAUCGACCCUAUUAGGAUUUACAAGGGAAUUUUUAAGUUAACCAUUGAGGUUAACGAACUCAAAGAUCUGAUAACUGUUCUUACUAAAAUAUGCCUUAGCAAAGCCGACUGUCAUACCGAAGGAAGCGAAACUUUGGACGAGAUCCCUAUUUAUUCAGUAGAAAGCUUUAAAGCUUUUGAAAUAAAAUUGAAGGAUUCAGCAGACAAGUAUUCCAGUUUGGUUAAAUUCAUCAAAUUUCUUGGCGGAAAUUCUGAAGGCGAUGCCGUGCAGAGAUCUUGGGAGAAGUUGACGACGAUUGAUUGCAGGGCUCAAUGCAAUUUCAAUGGUGUAAGGCGUGGACUAAAUCAGAAACAUCCUCUGAAAGGGUCUGUGAUUACUGCUGCGCUUUUUGCCGGAAUCAGAGCAAAUAGCCAAUUUGCAAACUGUACCGACGCAACUUUAGAGCAUGAAACCAUUCGUUGUUUUGUAAGGGCUCCUGAGGCGGUUCGACGACGUGAUUUGGCUGCAGCAGCUGUUCCCGUAGAAGCGGACGAUGCAGAAAGACGUCCUCAGCAACAAUAGAUUUUCCUCAUCUGCUAUCGCAUUCACGAUUCGUGUUCUUACUUGUGGUUGAGCGGUACUGUUUUCCCUUAUCUUUUCUCCCUUCUUUACACAGUUCAUUCUGUUUCUUAAGAAACAGAGUGAGGUUAUAUGUGAACAAUUUUUCAAACAUAUAACCUUACUAAAUACUGAUUCGUUCAUUUAACUUUAAAUGAACAUGUUAACCAAGAUAUUAUUCAGAUACUUGAUUCAUUGAUGGGCUUUGUGCUGUGUUACCUUUCAUGUUCUCUUUGUGUGUUGUGUGACCCAUGCGUAACCUAAUUGGUUUUAUUGGGGUUUCAUAAAUAAACGAUUUAUACGGAA